GGCACCCGACAUUACAUCACCGUUUCCAGGUGAUCACACUGACGUCUGCCAGCUGACUGCGACCACAUCUGCUGCAGUAGCUGAAGGCAAGAAGAUGAGCGAGUCCGUAGUCACCUUCGCCAAGGACUUCCUGGUUGUUUGCACCGCGGCCGCGGUAUCAGAAACCGCCGUGGCUCCGCUCGAGAGAGUCAAGCUGCUCCUUCAGGUACAACAUGCAAGCAAGCACAUUGUGGCAGAGAAGCGCUACAAGGGCUUAAUCGACUGCAUUAUUCGCAUCCCCAAAGAGCAGGGUGUCCUCUCAUACUGGAGAGGCAACCUGGCCAACGUGAUCCGAUACAUCCCGACGCAGGCCCUCAACUUCACCUUCAAGGAUAGGUACAAGAAGUUAUUCCUGGACGGUGUAGACCAGAGCACACAGUUCUGGCGCUACUUUGCUGGUAACCUGGCAUCAGGGGGCGCCGCAGGGGCCACAUCUCUCUGUUUUGUCUACCCACUAGAUUUUGCUCGCACUCGUCUGGCAGCAGACAUCGGCAAGGCGAGAGCGCAGAGGGAAUUCACCGGGCUGGGUGACUGUUUGGGGAAAAUAUUCAAAGCCGACGGACCAAGAGGUCUUUACAGUGGUUUCAGUGUGUCUGUGCAGGGCAUCAUCAUCUACAGGGCUGCCUACUUUGGCAUCUACGACACAGUCAAGAGUACGUUGCCAGAUCCAGAUAAUAUCCACUUUCUAAUGACCUGGAUGAUUGCACAGAGCGUGACUACACUUUCCGGAUUCAUCUCCUACCCGUUCGAUACAGUGCGUCGUCGCAUGAUGAUGCAGUCAGGACUUAAAAGUGCCGACAUCAUCUACACUGGCACAGUGGACUGCUGGAAGAAGAUUGCUCGUGAUGAAGGGCUCCAGGCUUUCUACAAGGGAACUUGGUCAAAUAUUCUUAGAAGCAUAGGAGGUGCCCUGGUGCUAGUGUUUUACGAUGAGAUAAAGAAAGUCAUCUGAAUGUCCAACUUUACUUAGACAAACUCACGGAACGUUGGACAACAACAGGACGGAGACAGUGCAAUCAAGUAAAAGGCAAAGUCAACUUAAUCGUUAUUAUAUUAUACAUAUUGCACGAUGAAAUGAAGUUCAGUGCUACCUCACACAGAAUGGUGCUUCAGUGUGUGUGUGUGGGCGUGUAUAUCUGUGUCUGUGUGUGUUAUUAGGGAAAACAGUAUCACGAUUGCAUAUUUGUUGCUCAUCAGGGGAUUUGAGUCAGUUCAGUGAGGAAAAAUGGCCUCUUAUUGUCAUCAUGUGUGUACUCCAAGCAAUUCGGUAUCACCACAUCUUUCCAACUUUAUAACAGCUCAGCAUGAAUGUAAAUCCAAAGAAGUGAAAAAUCAAAUGGACAGUUUUCCACUUACCUCAGAUAUAGUUGAUCAGACAUGUUUUGUGUCUACAGUGCCCUCCACUAAUAUUGGCACCCUUGGUAAAUAUGAGCAAAGAAAGCUGUGAAACAAUCAUCUUUAUUGUUUAACCUUUUAAUCUUUUUGUUACAAACAAAUCACAAAAAUACUCUGCUGUCAUGGAUAUCAAACAAUUACAAACACAACACAGGUUUACUUUGGCAGCAAGUAAACAGUCAGUUCUUGAAGUUGAUGUGUUGGAAGCAGGAAAAAUGGGCACGUGUAAGGGUCUGAGCGACUUUGACAAGAGCCAAAUUGUGAUUGCUAGAUGACAGGGUCAGAGCAUUUCUAAAACAGCAGGUCUUGUGCAGGUCUCACAACUUACAGGAUUUAAAGGAUCUGCUGCUAACAUCUUGGUGCCAGAUACCACAGCACACCUUCAGAGGUCUUAUGGAGUCCAUGCUUUGACUGGUCAGAGCUGUUUUGGUGGCACAAGGAGGACCGACACAAUAUUAAGCAGGUGGUUUUUAAUGUUAUGACUGAUCAGUGUAGUUGUAAUCAGCUGUCAAUUCUGUAGGUCAUUAGUACUGUAUAUUAUCACUGAUUUCUAUUUAUUACUGUAUACAGUGGUCCUAGCUAGGCUAGCGUUCUUAGGCCCCAUACACAAAGUUGUACGUUUGUAUCUCUGGCCACUGGUACAGUUUUUUUUUUGGUCCACAAACCAAUAUCCAGUGUUUGUUAGAUGUCUUGCUAACAUUUCAUGAAAUUUAUUAGCUGUUCUGUGAAAUGCAAGCUGACUUUAUGUACCUAGUUACUGUAUCUGUGUGAUUGUAAUUUAUUUAUAACGAGCUAGCAUAGCAUUAAUAUGUUAACACUAAAUUCCACUCUCAAUCUCAGUACUAACCUAGCAUUUGUGGAACACUUAUUUUUAACACCUAACUUUAGUGGGGAACUUUUACUAUUUUUGUUUUGUUGUCAUCAUCUCACUCUCAAGCUGCCUUUUCUUUAAUUUCUCUGCACUUGAUAGAAUUUGCCAUGCGUUCCUUGUAUUUCCUGUUUGUGUGCCUCCUGUUCAUGAUUAGAAAUUAAAUUAUUGAUGAACUAAAUAAAAUUGGCCUAUCUUGUUUUACACCUAUGUGACAACUGCUGGCAGUUAAAGGGUGUCUGAUUACUUGGGUUGCAACUUAACACCCAGUUUCACCUGCUGUGGACAAAGACAGGUGUGCAACAUAUUGUCUCCGACUGAUCUCCGGUGUAAGUCAGGU